CUCUCGCUCUUCGCAGCGAUCAGAGAAGGCGGAAGCAACAGUGUCCGCGGCUGGGGCUCCGGCUCCGGGCGGCCCGCGGACACAGUGGCUCUGGUCCUUGGCCCUGGAGAUUGGCGUCCGGGCUGCCUCGCCUCAGAGCGCGGUGUCCACCCUUUUCCGGCGCCUUGGCUGAGCGGAGCCGUGCGGCUGGGUGGAGCCCUGCGCGCCUUGUUGAGCGGCCCAGCGCACUCGAGCGAGCAAGUGAUAAUCAAGUUACUAUGAGUCUGCUAAACUGUGAAAACAGCUGUGCAUCCAGCCAGUCUGAAAGUGACUGCUGUGCUGCCAUGGCCAGCUCCUGUGGCGCCGCAGCCAAAGAUGACAGCGUCAGUGGAACUGCCAGCACGGGGACCCUCUCCACCUCCUUUAUGGAAGAGAUCCAGGGAUAUGACGUGGAGUUUGACCCACCCCUGGAAAGCAAGUAUGAGUGCCCCAUCUGCUUGAUGGCACUACGGGAAGCAGUGCAAACACCCUGCGGCCACAGGUUCUGCAAAGCCUGCAUCAUAAAAUCAAUAAGGGAUGCAGGUCACAAAUGUCCAGUUGACAAUGAAAUACUGCUGGAAACUCAACUAUUUCCUGACAAUUUUGCAAAACGAGAGAUUCUUUCUCUGAUGGUGAGGUGUCCAAAUGAAGGUUGUUUGCACAAGAUGGAACUGAGGCAUCUUGAGGAUCAUCAAGCACAUUGUGAGUUUGCUCUUAUGAAUUGUCCCCAAUGCCAACGUCCCUUCCAAAAAUGCCAAAUUAAUAUUCACAUUCUCAAGGAUUGUCCAAGGAGACAGGUUUCUUGUGCAAAUUGUGCUGUAUUGAUGGCAUUUGAAGAUAAAGAGAUCCAUGACCAGAACUGUCCUUUGGCAAAUGUCAUCUGUGAAUACUGCAAUACCAUGCUCAUCAGAGAACAGAUGCCUAAUCAUUAUGACCUAGACUGCCCUACAGCUCCAAUUCCAUGUGCAUUCAGUACUUUUGGUUGCCAUGAAAAGAUGCAGAGGAAUCACUUGGCACGCCACCUACAGGAGAACACCCAGUCGCACAUGAGAAUGUUGGCCCAGGCUGUUCAUAGUUUAAGCCUUACUUUAACUCCCUAUGAUCCUGCCUCUCUAUCCCGGGUUUCCUCUGGGUGUCACCCAGAAGUCCAAAAUUUCCAGGAAACCAUUCACCAGUUAGAAGGUCGCCUUGUAAGACAAGAUCAUCAAAUUCGGGAGCUGACUGCUAAAAUGGAAACUCAGAGCAUGUAUGUAGGUGAGCUCAAACGAACUAUUCGAUCCCUUGAGGACAAAGUUGCUGAAAUUGAAGCACAACAGUGCAAUGGGAUUUACAUCUGGAAGAUUGGCAACUUUGGGAUGUACUUGAAAUCUCAAGAAGAAGAGAGACCAGUUGUCAUUCAUAGCCCUGGAUUCUACACAGGCAAACCUGGGUACAAACUCUGCAUGCGUUUGCAUCUUCAGUUACCAACUGCUCAGCGCUGUGCAAACUAUAUAUCCCUCUUUGUCCACACAAUGCAAGGAGAGUAUGACAGCCACCUCCCUUGGCCCUUCCAGGGUACAAUACGCCUUACAAUUCUUGAUCAGUCUGAAGCACCUGUAAGGCAAAACCAUGAAGAGAUAAUGGAUGCCAAACCAGAGCUGCUUGCCUUCCAGCGACCCACAAUCCCACGGAACCCAAAAGGUUUUGGCUAUGUAACUUUUAUGCAUCUGGAAGCCCUAAAACAAAGAACCUUUAUUAAGGAUGACACAUUAUUAGUACGCUGUGAGGUCUCUACCCGCUUCGACAUGGGUAGCCUUCGGAGGGAGGGUUUUCAGCCACGAAGUACUGAUACAGGGCUAUAGCAUCCUUUCAUUUGUUUAAAAAAAAACUAUCUGGAGAAAACAGUGCCUUUCCUUGUGCUGUUCUCGCUCAUAAUAUGCAAACAAACAAACAAAAAGCACUGGGAAAGCAAGAUGUAAUACCUACUAGUGAAUGUAGUAAAAGAGGUUACUUACCAUUUCUUCCUGUUGGAAAUGGAACUGAGGCUGUUUUUCUUCAGCAUCUACAUGUUCUAUGCUUUUUCAGAAAUGUUAUGCCUGGAGUGCCUGUGGCAUGUUGGAGCAGCUGUUUUGUCAAUUAGGAUACCUCUUAGUACUUCAUGGACUUUUGCUCCAGUGUGUUUUAUUGUCAGAAAGCCCAGAGUCAGAGUACUAAAGCUCAAGCCUCUAAUAAUAAUGGACUUUUCUUAAAACUACAGCUUAUUUUUAUAGUAUCAUAUGUAAUAUAUUAAACGUGAGAGUCACUACUGCCUUGUGCUGGUACCAGCAAGAAGAGUUAUUACUCUAGAGAGUUGAGUUCUCAUUUUAUUUCACCUCUUAGAUUCCAGAGGAUUUGAGCCAUAAUCCUUGGAAAGCUUAAGUUCUCAUUCACCCCAUUUUUUUCCUCCAUAUUGUUACUAAGGAUAUUCAAAGACUAGUUUAAACCCUAAAAUAACCUUACUUAUUUAGUGUAAAAAUGUUGUGUGUUGAAUAAUACUUGUUUUAAGUGUUUCAUUCGGCCUUGCUUAACCUAUGUCCUUGAGACCAUGAAGUAGCAUCUUCUCCAAAGUUUAUAAUGCUGAGAAUCAUGUGGAUACAAACUGCUCAGUGUUAUGCUAUGUAACCCUUUUUGUCUAUUCAGUGCAAAGUGAAUUUCAUAGCUCUGCAUAUGUCUUCAGUUGUUUAAUGCCUACGUGACAAGGAGAUGUGCACACACAAUCAACAACAUGAAAAUUAAAGUGACUCAACCAAUGGGGCAUCUCAUUGGUGGUGAGAGAAGCAAUAUGUGAGCCAGAAUUCAGUUUCUUUUGAGUACCCUCUGGUUUAGUUCAAUUAAAUGGAACAAAAUUAAUUUCCUAACUUGGGAGGUCAUCAGAGGUUCCUGAGAGGUCACCAAGCCAAGGUUGAAAGUCAUAGUGGUUAUAUCACAACUUAGCUUGGGUAGGUUGCUUUUGUCCAACAUUUCACUGCAGGUUCUCAGGAGGGUCCUAUGGAAUGUAUUGAAUUGGCCAGAUGUUUCUGAUAUGGAGAGAUUUUUGUGCCAUUAUAUAUAUUUUUUAAAGGCCUAGAGAUAUAAAAUAUAGUGAAAUCUAGUUCUCAGGGAAGCCCACAACUAGUAUAGGCUCUUGUAAAGGAUCUUAGGAUCCAUCCAUUCUUAGGUUUACACAAGAUAAUUUGAAGUGGUCUGGUAAUGAGAGAUGGUGUAUCUCCAGAGAGGCCACAUCAGAGUCCCUGAGUAGCAUUUCAACAUCAGCCUUAAUUUCAAGAGGAAGCUGGUUUUUGGUUCCAGGCAGCCCUAGCAAGUGUCACUUUGAACUUCCCUUUGUUUUUCUCUCUACUCUCCCUCUCAGCCUCACUGUUAGGCUCUUGCACUGGUGAGUUUGUUAUAGAGUGAAAAUAAAAGUGAAGCAGAGACCUUGUUUCCCUGUGCCACUGUUAGUACCACAGGGUCAUGGCUGGUUACCAGUUUAUUCCCUGGCAAUGUGUAUCUCUUAGUUAUGCUUUCUAACUAGCUCCUGAGAAUCAUUGCGACCUUGAGGUAGGGGAAUCUGUACUGCUGCUGUUCAUUGUUUUUAAAUGAAUGAAUAAUUAAAUAAAUAAAUAAUUGUCAAGUUCCAUUUAAAAAGUAAACAGAUAUUUUUGUAUAUGCAUAGAAAAAGCCUGAAGGAAAUAUACUAAACUAUUUUUGAUGUCUUAUUUUCUUCUUUCUGCUUUCUUACAUUUUUUACAUUUUCUACAAUAAACAUGUACUUUUAUCAGAAAAAAAUUAACUGUUGCCACAAAACAUUCAAACCCCCCUCCCUUCCCAAAAAAGGAAAUGAUAUUUAAAAGCUUCCUGGUCAAAUUUCUAUUAAAAGCAUGGCUGUGCAUUAGAUACUAAGAGGAGUCAUUUCCUGCCUUGGUUAUAUUAUUUUUUUCCACUAACUCAGGAAUCUUAAAACAAAAAUGUAUUUUUUGCCUAACUUGAGCUUUUCUUAACUUCAAGUUUUCCAUCUGUAAAAUGAGUUGAACUAGAUGUUUCUGUGGUCCCCUCCUUCCAUAAAAUUCUGUCUUAAGCAAAUAAGUUCUAACCAGCACAACAUUGACAAUACUCAUCAAAGGAUUUUGCCAGUAGAAAAUGGCUUUAACUUACUCUUUGCUGACACUAAUACUUUACUUCAAUUUAGUGUCCAUCAGCUGGGUCACAUUUUAAUUAAAUGAGCAAUUUUUUUUAACCUCCAACAUUCAGCAUUUUGUAAUGAACCAACCAGUUAUUUUAUGCUGGUUAUUGUGUAUACAGAGUAGAAAUAAUGGUCAAGCUGUCAUUCCAAAUAGAAAACUUUAGAUAAGACUUUUAACUCAGAAUCAGGUCUGAACCUGGAAAGCUGGUUUCUUCCUUAUAUUUUUCAAAUCUUCUAUCCCACUCUUAAACAUGCUAGUUUCACCCAGUUGGUUUACAAGCAUUUGGGCUGUGUAUUUUUAAUGUUUUCCAUUUUUCCAGAGACGUCCAACCUGAUGUUGGAUGAAACUUGCUGCAAGUCAUACAUUUUGGUAUUGGCAAAGGUCUGAAUAUUGAUCUGUAAUUUGGUAGUUUAUUACUAUAUUUUAACAGCAAUGACAGUCUCUGGGCUCUACUACAUUAUGACUCAACUUUUAAUUUUGGUAUGAAUUGGAGAAAAAAAAUAGAAUGAAGUUGGAUUUUUUACCCUAAUGAUAGACUAAUGUAAAAAGAUGUUGGAUAACCUCUUGCAAUUAAUUUUUGUGACUGGUACAAAAUUACAUUCUCCAUUAAAUUACUGUUUUCAUGCCAGUAAAUCUUAAACUAAGAGCUACUUAUGAAUUGUGCAUGCAGUUAGAAUGCAUUCUUUUUACAGAGUAGCAAUUGUUUAUCAUUCCUUUACCCAGGGAAUCUACAACUUUCUGGUGACCAGAAAACAUUUUAAAUUAUUAGAGUUUUCUAAUUUACCACUUUGAAGUACUUUUCUUCUAUUCAGUUACUAACACUGCUCUUUUCUUGGCUUGCUUCAGUUAAAUUCUACUCAUUGUUUUAUAUAAAAUACCAUUAAGUGUUUUUUGUGAUGCCUAGUUGCAGUGCAAUGCCAUAAGAAAAUGAAGUGAAAAGGGAACAAUAAAUAAUCUUGUGUAUUUUUCUUUUGAAAUACGUUCUUUUUAAAUUUCCAGAGUCACGACAGACUAUAGUUAGUUUCUGAGUUGCUGUUGUGUCUAUAGAAUGGAAUUGGCACUUCCAAAUUUCCAGUAUCCAGGAAGAUGAUUUGAUGAAAUCAAAUUGGAUGGAUCUGCCACUGGAUAACUGCCUUCAUUUUUAGUCAAUGACAAAUAUUUGCAAGGAAAUACCUAAUUGUUUCACUAAAUUUCAUCUAUGUCUUCAAUGUUUUAAAGGUUUUUUUUUCCCCAGAAAAUUCAAGUUAUUAGAAAAUUCUGAAAAAUAAUUCUAGAUGGGAAAAACAUUUUCUUGUAUGAGGAGGUGUGGUGCUCCUUUUCCCCUCUUAAAGUGCUUUCUCAGCAGGACACUAGCCCUGCCUUUAAGAUGAGAGGAAAGGUGGGGUGUGCUUCUCUGCUCUUGAGAUUUGCAGCUCUGAAUGUAGGUUCUUUCCUACUCCUGGAAACUCACCAAAGCAGGAAUAGCCAUAGUUGUCUUCUACGCUAGCACCCCCAGAAGGUAAACUGUAUGUGGGACAGGGACAUGUUCUGGUUACUGCUGAAUCCCCUUAGCACAGUGCCUGGUGACAUACUUAAAUAUGUAAUAAUGAACACUUAAUGAAAGCAAUAGUUGAAGACCAAUUUCUGGUAGCUUAUUUGUCGUGUUAAUUUUAGAUGGUAAAGCAUACUACUUUUUUUGGUUUUUUUUUCCUCAGCACUUUAUUAUGAAAUUUCCCAAACAUACAGAAAUGUUGAGAGACUUGUCUAAUGAACAUCCUCCACCAAGCAUCAGUGAUAACAUUUUGUUACAUUUGCUUUAUUACUUAAUAUGUGUUACUUUUAAUGAGAUUUCAAGUUUGGUUUCUCUUUAAAAAUCUUCUAAAAAAAUUGAACAACUUUAAUCGAGUUGUCUUAAAUUCUUUGGGGAAACUUAUAAUGUUUGUGUUGUAACAGGAAUUGUAGUUCUCACUUUAAGCUAAAUUGAAACUUUUGUGAAUUUGUUAUGCUGAAUUUUAAUCUUAUUUAUUUGCCCGAAGGGGUUAUUUUUUAUAAUGGAUUUAUUUGAAAGUCCUUGAUCAAUUAUGCAGAACAUUCUAAUGUUAUUUUCACACUUGAUGAAUUAUCCAAUUAAUUUCUCUGGUGAGAAUGUAAUUUUGGGCCCAUUUUGCUUAUACAAGGUUCCAGGAUUAUGUUCCCAGAGGGCUGAAGAGGUGGUGUAAUUUAGCAUGUAGACCACUACAUUAGGACCUAAGACAAAUUUUACUCCUGACUGACCAUGGGCAAAUCAGUUUUGUCUUUGUGUCCAUUUAUCUACCUGUAAAAUAGAAACUAGAAUUUGAAAUUUAGAUAUUAUUAAUGGGUAACAUUUAUUAAUGCUUGGCUCUAUGAAGAAAGAUACUUUAUGAAUCUAGGGAGGCUUAUAAUUCUGUAACUGUUUGACAAGCUAUGGAAUGAAAUCUGACUUUUGAAAAUUGAAACGCAUCCAGUGGUCAACGUGUCUUAUCAAAAAGCCUGCUGUUGCUUAGAUGUUAGUAUUACCACAGAAUUUGUGAGCAGUUUCCUAAUCCCUAUGGACUCUGAAAAUAUGUGCUUUGCAAGAGGGAGUGAGUGCAAAGAUGGGGGCUGCGGUCCUAAUCACAGAAAGACUGAAAAUCAGUGCCUGAAGCGCUGGUUGUGUUGAAGGGGGGGAUUAAAGGAAUUGCCCAGAUUCAUGCAGCACGCCCUCCACCACUCCCCCACCAUCAGCCGGGACACUGCUCAUAAAACAAGCGCUGCUUCCCCCACAGCUUAGCCUCAGAUGGCCUCCAGUGGCUCCGUUUGAUUGAAUUGCAGGGCUGGCUGCAAGAAGGAAGGACUGGGAUAAGCAGGGUCUCUACUACAUUUAGUACUAAGGUAACUGUGAGCUAUUCUUUCUAAACACAGGUUAUAAAUGUGGAUUCACAUUUAUCUCACAAAGGCACUUGGGGGUUUUAGAUCAUGCCUUAGUUUUUCCAAGGAUACGACCAAAACAGUGAUCUUUAGCACCUUAUUGACUAUUAAUUUAGAAGAAAACAAAUGCCAGACUGACACACUUACCCCCUCCUCUCUGUUCUUAUUCCCUUAUCAGCCUGUGUAUUGCACCAAUGUCUUAAGAAGAAAGCACUCUUAAUUAAAAUGAAAUAUAUAU